GUUUUAGUCGCGAAGGGUUCUGUGAAGUUUUAGUCGCGAUUUGUCGUCCUUGGAGUGGAAAAAGGUGCUGCGAUUCCUUCGUGAUGGAAAGUUCACCAUCGACUAAUCAGUAUUAUUCUGGCCGUGAAAGUAUGAAUUAGCAUGGAUGAGUCCAAGUAGAUCAAGGAUUAGUAGAUGUUUUGCUGAUUAAGUGUUAGUUGAUUAGUGAAUUGUGUGUACAUAGAAUAAGGUAGCUCAUAGUAGGUAGAUAUGUCGAAGAAAAAGGUGGCAGAUGAAGAGUCAGGAAACAGCGAGAAGGAUUGGGAAAUUUUCGAUAUAUUGUGCGGUGGAGAGGAGAUUAUGCCAAAGCAUCAUCAUUCGCCAGUACACCACCAUCACCAUCAUCCCGACCCAUCAUGCAGCGACCACCUGGCGCACUCGAUCGAUUUGGCCACGACGCUACGCAGCGAACUGGCCGCAUCCACCUACAAACGCGACCGGCUGAUGGCGGAACUUUCGGAGGCCAAAAGUUUGCUGUGCGCCAAAGAGAACGAUUGCGAAGCGCUGCGAGCCCAAAGUGCACGGCAGACUUCGCUCAUCGGUUCUCUGCAGCAGCGACUGGCGGCGGCCGAAUCGCGUGAAAAGACGCUGCACUCGCGAUCCGAAAGCGUCAUCGGAACCCUCAAUCGAGACAAGAAGCAUCUGGAGGACAAAAUAAAGGAAUUGUGUGCGAAAAGCAGACGACUGGAGUGCGAUCUGACCAAGGAGGAAGGUCAUCGUGAUCAGGCUCGAGCUCACCUGCAAGAUCUGGUCAGACGGCUCUGUCUCUGUCUAGGGAUCGAUGUUUGUGAAGGAGCACACCUAACACCGGAAUGUGUUCUAAAUAAGGCCGCCGAAACAGUGGCGGAACUUCAACGGCUGAGGUCCAAGCUAGCGGGAACCUGCGAGCAUUUAACAUCCACCGAGGCGGAGUUGAUAACCACCAAAACUACGGCUUCGACGGAAAAGACCCGGCUACAGACGCAGAUCGAAGGGCUGCAGUCUCUCUCGCAGGGUUUGGAAGCCAGAUGUCGUCAGGCAGAACGGGAUCUCCAGGUUACGCGUGAUCGAUUGGCGGAAAGUGAGCUCAACGGGGAUAAGCUGAGAGAGGAACUCAGAGGUUUCGAAUCGCGAAGCUGUAGACUUCAAAACAACACGGAUCGGCUGCAAACGGAACGACUACAGUUUUUAAGAACCGUGGCCACUAUUGUUGGUGUUAAUGAACCCUGUGAAAACAAUAUCCGGGAUAAAGUUCGGGAAAUAACGAACCACAACCAGGCAUUGCAUGAUCAAGUAGCUCAUCUCAAGGAGCAACUUCAUCAGGAAGCAACCCGUCACAGCGAACAUCUGGAAGGCACCACCUGUCGCUUAAAAUCUGAAGAGCAGCACCGGAUAAAUGUGGAACAACGUUUAGAAAAGGCGUGUCAUGAAUUGCAGCAUCUUAGAGCGGAGCAUACAACGUUAAGUGAGUACCUGGUCCGGCUGGCUCGAGCCUUGAACUGGAGCGAAUGCACGGAACCUCCUGCACCAGGUAGUGACACCACCAUUCUCGGGGAAACUUUGUUGGAAAGAGCGAGUCGUCUGUCCACUCACCACGAUCACCACAUUCAUGGAAUCUGCGAUAAGAACUGCUGGGAACUGUCCAACCACCACACACAUUCCCAUUCUCAUCAUCACAACCAUUUGCCAAAGUUGAGGCGCGAGCGUUCCUGCACCGAUCUGCCAAUGAAAGAAAGCUCCGCACUGUACAAUUUGCAACGGCGGGUUCGUGUCCUUAGGGAGCAGGUGCAGCGGAGAGACUUGCACCUGGAGCUGCUACGGAGAAAAAUUGCACUGCUAGAGGACAAUGCUAGGGGGAAAGUGAUGCUUCAAACCGAGCGCGAUGAGGCAGUUCACAGGGCACGCAAAAAUUCCAAAAAUGCCGAACGAACCGCCGAGCAGCUGGCCGAGGUGAAAGCUCAACUAGUGGAAGUAAAAACGCAACUCAACGAAGCAUCCGAUUACAAACUGACUGCCCUGGAACGGUCCCGGAAAUGUGACGAGCUGCAGGCUCGGCUGUGCCAGCUCGAGGGCGAGCGGGAACGACUAGUGAAUCAACUGGCAGCGUAUAAAUCGAAGGCACGUUCGGCCGUCGAAAGUUCCCACGACCGGAGAGUUCGUGAUGAGCAUGCCAUUUCGCAUUUGCGCGAAGAGCUGUCCCGGAUAAAAUCUCAACUGGCGGACACAAGCCAUCGUCUCUCGCAACUGCAAGCCUUUCGCACUUCGGUGGCAAAAUUGAUGCACAUGCAUGAAUGCCCGGAAUCGGAGCUACUUCACAAGCUUCAAUCCAUCUGCAUUUCUCAUCACCAUUGCACCUGUUUGGGCCGCCGUUAUGGGUCGACAUCGCCGCUGGGAACCGCCGGUAGUGACCAUCAUUGCUCCCGGUAUGAUGAUGGACCGGCGGCCUCUUCCGGUUGUAGACCGUUAAGUUCCAGUCCGGUCCAUACCAGACGGUAUAUCGAUUCGGGUUUUAACGAUCACGAUCAUCACUUUGAUGAUGAUUUCGAUUUUGGCAAAAAGUAUUGAACCUGCUCUGCGAACCGCGUGGAAGCCAACAUGCAUCACUGCCUCUUCUCGAGUUGUUCCGCCAAAUGGAAACGUGUGGAAUGAGAAAAACUCGCAAUUUUAUAGUUAACCAUUAUAUGUAUAGGGACUUUAUGUGCAUGCUGCUGACACCUAGGCGUGGAUAGUCGAAGCGAACCAGUUGUAGCUAUAAAUUGAAGAAAAUGUUGUAUGCAAUAAAUGUUGAAAAAUAUUGAACU